AUGGCUGCCUGGCGGUGCUCCGGGCGCACCAACACCGAGCUGAUCCAGAAUCUAUACAAGGGCCAUCUCAUCACAUCGUCACGGGUGCGCGAUGCCAUGUCCAGCGUCGAUCGCGCGCACUACGCCCCUCACUCUCCUUAUGAAGACUCGCCACAGGGAAUUGGCUUCUCGGCCACAAUAUCUGCGCCACAUAUGCAUGCUUCUGCUGCGGAAUCGUUACUAGGCUUUAUGCCGGAAAACAAGGGUGCGAGAGUGCUCGACGUGGGGUGUGGCUCGGGUUACCUCACACAUGUGCUGGCGAAUGUGGUGUGCGGGGGCGAUGGCACAGGAGAUGGUAAGGUGGUAGGUAUUGACCAUAUCAAGGGUCUCACAGAUAUGAGUCUGAAGAACAUGCGUAAGAGUGAGGAGGGACGGCGGCUACUGGAUUCUGGCAAGGUGGAAUUCGUGACGGGAGACGGGAGAAAAGGGUAUGCGGCUGCAGGGCCCUACGAUGCUAUUCAUGUGGGUGCUGCGGCGCUUGAGUUGCAUCAGGAGCUGGUAGAUCAGCUCAAGAGUCCGGGGCGUAUGUUCAUUCCCGUGGAGGAUAAGGGCGGCUGGGGGAGCCAGUGGAUUUGGGUGGUGGACAAAGAUGAGAACGGAAAGGUCAAGAAGGAGAAGACAAUGGGUGUUCGGUAUGUGCCAUUGACAGAUGCACCAAAGACCUGA